AUGGACGACGAAUACGCAGACUUUGACGACGAGGACCCCCUCCCCUGCUAUUUCAUGCCCAAGAAAUCGGAGUCCGCUACGGCUGGAACGCUGAGAACCUACCGUCCCGGGAACAGCGAAACGGGGCUGAUCUACGACACGGAACGACACGCUGACUAUCAUGUCACCGUCGAGCGCCUCCUGGGUAUGGAUGGCUGGGAGUCUCCCAACUCGAAAAGCCCCAUGACGCUUCUCAUCCUCAAGCUGGCAGUCAACUGCCGGAGUAAGUCCAACAAGGCGACGAGAGUCACGGCGAAGCUGGAGUUUGAGAGCCGGCCGUCCGGCGAAAAGGCCGACCCGGAAAUCGAGACCUGGGCGCCAUUCAAGGAGCCAGAAAGAAGCAACGCAACUCUGGUUGGCGUGAAGAAAUCAGACCGAAUAGAGGUCGGCGCCGGAGUCAAGGCGGAGUUUGCCGAGCUAUCGGGUGCAUGGGGCAGUACGGAAGAGCUUAGCUUCGAACACACCGCCUUCGACAUGAGGACUGCCUUCCCCUUGAUGAACGAGGAUAGCGGCAAGCGAAAUGGCAUCGAAUGGUGCUUUUCACAGAACAAGCUGCUGGGAAACGACCCCCCCCCGGUCAUCCACCUCGCAGUGCUCCUCCGGCGGGCGUCGGUGACGGCGGCAUACGUCGUCAAGUUCGAGAUUGAUGUAGUCGCCGGCACCAUGUUCAAUCUGAAGAACAACAUACUCAAAGUGUUUGGAUGCGGACCCGGAAUCACGAAGCCCUUUCUCGUUCAGCCGGACGUUGAUGCCCCCAAGGUCCGCUAUGAGGGGCAUCACAUUUUGAAGCUGACGGAGAGCUACAAGAACAAUAUGGGAGAGCUGGGAACCAAGGAUGUGCUUCACCGACUCGUAUUUCCAAAGCUGCCGGCUUCAGCACAGGAAGCCGGCGCCGUGCUUGUGGAAGAGAGUCAACUGCACCUAGCAGGGAUGAAGGGAUCAGGCGACCAGGGACUAUGA